ACAGUAGAUGCAGUUGGUGGACCAACCAUAUAAUGAAAUGGUCGCCACUACUUUUCCUACAAAUUUUGGUUUCUCUGUGUCUCCAUAUAUUCAAAAGCCAACAUUCUUGACCUACACUAAAUCUUUAUACAGUUCUAACAAGUUCAACCCAAUAGUUGUUUCUCACUCGUUAAAGCUCAACCUUUUUUUAGUAGUGCAGUUCACCCAAGAAAGAAAACAAGAAGAGCUGAUGUUUUGAUGGAUUUUGAGACAAGAACUAGGUUUGCAGAAGAAAGAAAAUAAUUUGUGUAAUUUUGUUCUUGCUCAUGCCAAAUCUAGCUUCCUUUCUACUGUAUCUAGCUCAUAGUAAAGUAGGUGCAGUUUUUUCAACUGUCAAGAUCAAUUGGCAUAGGCUCUAGACAGAAAGGAUGGAAGAAAGACAUUGGAAUAUCUCGCUGAAGCUGACAACGCCUCUCUCCAUAAAGGAAGAAUAAUCCACGACAAAGUCAUACUAGACCAUGUUUUCCUUCAAUUUUUUCUUACCACAUUGAGAGAAACGUGGUUGUAGGAAUCGAGUGAAUGAUUUCAUAAGUUCAGGGAAUUUAGCUUGCAAAAAUUGUCAUAAAAGAGUUUUGUGAUUGCAGGCCUUCAAUCUUAACACUAGAAGAGGGUGAUUGUGUUCUUACUUGUUCUUAGUUAUGUCUAUCUUGAGUUCAGGUAUGCUCGGGAAAGUUUUAGUUGUCUUGUUGGUUGCAGGUCUGGCAUUCCCAGCCUUCAUACCUCCACCUCCCAGAAUCUGUGGUUCUCCUGAUGGUCCAACAGUUACCGGACCUAGAAUCAAACUUAGGGAUGGAAGACAUCUGGCUUAUAAGGAGCAUGGUGUACCCAAAGGAACGGCCAAAUAUAAGGUCGUAUAUGCACAUAGCUUUAGUUCUACCAGAUAUGAUUCAGCUAUUGCACCCUUGGAAACACUUGAAGAACUAGGGGCAUAUGUUGUCUCUUUUGAUAGGCCAGGUUAUGGGGAAAGCGAUCCACAUCCAAAACGAACCAUACAAACUACAGCUUUGGAUAUGGAAGAGCUUGCUGAUCAACUUGGACUUGGCCCUAAAUUUUAUGUUAUGGGGUAUUCCAUGGGUGGUCAUUCAGUUUGGGGUUGCCUUAAGUACAUCCCUAAUCGGUUAGCUGGAGCAGCUCUAGUUGCUCCUGUUGUCAAUUACUGGUGGCCUAGCUUUCCUGCUAAUUUGUCCACAGAAGGAUACAAUCUACAGCUCCCACAGGACCAAUGGGCACUUAGAGUUGCACAUUAUGCGCCUUGGCUAGUCUACUGGUGGAACACUCAAAAAUGGUUCCCGUACAAUAGUGUUAUAGCUGGAAAACCCAAAAUGUCUCCCCCAGAUUUAGAAGUUGCUUCCAGAUUUGCUAAGCAUGAAUAUGCUGUAAAACAAGGAGUAUUUGAGUCCCUCCACCGCGACAUGAUGGUGGGGUUCGGGAAAUGGGAUUUUGAUCCUAUGGAUCUUAAGAACCUUUUCCCAAAUGGUGAAGGCUCAGUCCACUUGUGGCAUGGUGACGAAGACUGGGUUGUACCUGUUAUAUUACAGCGUUACGUUGCAGAAAGACUUCCAUGGAUACACUACCAUGAAGGUCCAACUGUUACCGGACCUCGAAUCAAACUUAGGGAUGGAAGACAUCUGGCUUAUAAGGAGCAUGGUGUACCCAAAGAAAAGGCCAAAUAUAAGGUCGUAUAUGCACAUAGCUUUGGUUCUACCAAAUAUGAGUCAGUUAUUGCACCCUUGGAUACACUUGAAGAAUUAGGGGCGUAUGUUGUCUCUUUUGAUAGACCAGGUUAUGGGGAAAGUGAUCCACUUCCAGAACGGACUAUACAAACUACAGCUUUGGAUAUGGAAGAGCUUGCUGAUCAACUUGGACUUGGCCCUAAAUUUUAUGUUAUGGGGUUUUCCAUGGGUGGUCAUUCAGUUUGGGGUUGCCUCAAGUACAUCCCUAAUCGGUUAGCUGGAGCAGCUCUAGUUGCUCCUGUUGUAAAUUACUGGUGGCCUAGCUUUCCUGAUAAUUUGUCAACAGAGGGAUACAAUCUACAGCUCCCACAGGACCAAUGGGCACUUCGAGUUGCACAUUAUGCGCCUUGGCUAGUCUACUGGUGGAACACUCAGAAGUGGUUCCCAUGCAAUAGUGUUAUAUCUGGAAAACCCAAAAUGUCUCCCCCAGAUUUAGAAGUUGUUUCCAGAUCUGCUAAGCAUGCAAGUCAAAUGCAAAAACUUAAGGAAUAUGCUGUAAAACAAGGAGUAUUUGAGUCCCUCCACCGCGACAUGAUGGUGGGGUUCGGGAAAUGGGAUUUUGAUCCUAUGGAUCUUAAGAACCUUUUCCCAAAUGGUGAAGGCUCAGUCCACUUGUGGCAUGGUGACGAAGACUGGGUUGUACCUGUUAUAUUACAGCGUUACGUUGCAGAAAGACUUCCAUGGAUACACUUCCAUGAAAUACCCAAUGUUGGACAUCUACUUAUGCAUGAUCCAGCCAUGAAGGAGGUUAUCUGGAAGACAUUUUUGCCAGGAGAGAAAGAACAAAUAGUGCAUUCUUAAAGAGGAACGCUGAAAUUUCCUAGUAGAAAAAUCUUUCUAAGUUUUUACUACACAUUCCAAUAUUAUUGUAAGAAUUAUGUCUAUCUUGUAAAAAUACCAAGCUGUUAAAAAUAUUCAUCUGUGAUGUGCACCUAAUCCACACAUCACAAGUGCCUUCUUUUUUGUUUUGGUUAAAAAUUGUUGCAAGUAAGGUAAUAUUAACAGUACUCAAGAAGGAAAGACAACAAUCAGUAAGGAUUGCUACUACACAAACAGCAAGACAGAUCAUUUGAAUUCUCCA